GAAACGGAUUUGGAAGCCAGAUUUAGAUUUAUAAAUUGGUUGUUUGACAUUCGGGGUGAACUUCGGAUGAGAAAUCCUAAACAGAGUGAAUUAGGUCUGACUUUCAUUGUCCAAAAUGUUUACGCAGAAAUUAUUGGCGCAAAAAUGUCUCCUGGUGCGAGAAGGCGUGAUUAACUGCGUCAGAUUUGUCCCCGAAGUGCCAAUAGUCCGAGGGGAAAUCCCCACUUUCUCCUCCGAGAGCGAGCGACUUCUCUCCUGUCUCCUCUCGGCUCUCCACGGGAUUUCAACGUCACUCACGGCUGCGCGGUCGGCUUCACGCUCCAUGUGUCGCCAGUCCCCUGCCACGGCGCGCAUUAAUAUUCCUGUAAGUCUCAGUCAUGAAUAACAAUUACACCGAGCACCGGGGGUAGAGGCGGGAGCGCGGCGCUCACAGUCACUCAGAGCGGCGGCAGCUCCGGGCGCAGGACGGUUCUGCGUGGCCUGCCCGCAGACACUCAGGUUUCUGCUUUCACCUGGAAUGAGCCUGUUUGUCUUCCUUCGACCAAACACGUCCUGGUUUGUGUUAUUUCACUCUGAACGCGCGUCGGCUGCCAGCACACGUUACAGAUGUUAGUUCAUCCCUACUCCACUGGGGUGAGUUUUCCUCCAGACUGGAAGGACCGGCAUGACGGUGUCUCAAGCCACAGUUCGCGCCUGUCCCAGCUGGGCUCGGUGUCGCACGCCGGACCUUACUCCAGCGCGCCGCCGCUGUCUCAUGCGCCUUCCUCGGACUUCCAGCCGCCAUACUUCCCUCCGCCAUACCAGCCGCUCGCUCACUACCAGAGCCAGGACCCGUACUCCCACGUCAGCGACCCGUACUCCCUGAACUCGCUCCAUCAGAGCCAGCAGGGCGCAUGGGGCGCGCGUCAGCGGCAGGACGCCGCCGGGGACCGGAUGGAGAGCUCGGCUCUGCUGGCGCAGCCUCGGGCCUCUCUGCCGCAGCUUUCCGGGCUGGACCCACGGCGGGAUUACGGUGGCGUGCGGCGGCCUGACGUGCUGCUGCACUCCGCACAUCCGGGACUGGAGCCCGGCAUGGGAGACGGACUGCUGCACGGUCUGCACGGCAUGGAGGAUGUUCAGACCAUCGAAGACGCCAACGGAACCAACAUCCUGGAUCAAUCCGUAAUUAAGAAAGGUGUUGUAACUCCGUGUCGCCGCCCUCUUUCAGUCCCCAUGCCCCCCAAGAACAUGGGUUCCCUGAUGCUCGGCAAGGACGGCCUGAUCGGCGGAGUCACCGUCAACAUUAAUGAGGUGUUCUGCUCGGUACCGGGCCGCCUGUCGCUGCUCAGCUCCACCUCCAAGUACAAAGUGACCGUAGGGGAGGUGCAGAGGAGGCUGUCUCCACCUGAGUGCCUCAACGCCUCUCUGCUAGGAGGCGUGCUGAGGAGAGCAAAGUCUAAAAACGGUGGCAAAUGCCUAAGAGAAAAACUGGAGAAGAUCGGAUUGAAUCUUCCAGCUGGGAGACGUAAAGCGGCCAACGUCACGUUACUAACGUCUCUUGUAGAAGGUGAGGCGGUGCACCUGGCCCGGGACUUCGGCUACAUCUGCGAGACGGAGUUUCCCACGAAAGCUGUGAGCGAGUACCUGAACCGGCAACAUGCGGACCCCAACGAGCUGCACACGCGGAAAAACAUGCUGCUGGCCACAAAACAGCUGUGUAAGGAGUUCACGGACCUGCUGGCCCAGGACAGGACUCCGCUGGGAAACUCCAGGCCGACCCCCAUCCUGGAACCCGGCAUCCAAAGCUGCCUAUCCCACUUCUCCUUCAUCACACACGGCUUCGGCUCACCCGCCAUCUGCGCCGCGCUCACCGCCCUGCAGAACUACCUCACCGAGGCUCUCAAAGGACUCGACAAGAUGUUCCUCAACAACCCGCCCAACAGCCGGCACGGGGACGCGGGCGGCAAGGCCGGCGACAAAGAGGAAAAACUGCGGAAAUGAAGCCGGCGCAGAAAGGGGGAGUGAUGGAGGAGAGGCGGGAGGGAGGCCGACACGCUGACUGAGACGUUACACCGUUUCUCGUAGCUUCUACAGCGCCGCCGCCGCCACCCUGCCACACACACGGCUGAGGUGGAGGACAGGGAAGGCUUGGCGUGGAGGAAGACACCCGUGGGCCAGUGUCUGAACGCACGGAGGGAUUUUUCAUCUGUGUUACGUUCUUCUCAUCCCCCCCCCCCCCCCCCCAAGGACAUGGUGGUUACUGUGUUCCAUCCAUUUUGCUCCCCCCGCCUGCAUCCUGUGAGACUGAGAUGCUGCGAGCAAACGACAUCGUGAGUGUGUGUGAGAGAGAGUGUGAGAAAGUGUGUGCUUGUGUCUGUCUUCACACCGAAACAGAAGGGGAAAAAAAGCGUUGUGGGUUUGGAGAUCCUUUUUUUUUUUUUUUUUGUGCUGCAGCAUCUAUCUGUGAAACUGGCUGGGUAUUUAACGAGACUCCAAUGAGGGACAGCGUUAAUUUAUGUGUGUAAAUAUUAAUUUAUAAUUAUUUAAGUUGAUUUAAUAGGUGCGCCAGCUGCUUUGGGGUCGACCUAUUUAUAUGUGAUUUGACCUUUGUGAGCCAGUGGGGAGGGAGAGGGCAGGACUCGUUCAGUGUUUUUCUGUUCUUAUAGAGCUGUUGUCAUGGUGAUGAUGAUGAUGAUGAUGAUGAUGAUGAUGAUAAUGAUGGGUAGACAUGCUUCUAAUUGUCCAGUGAUUUCAUUUCUAUCAUAUUGAUAAUAAACCAUGUGUUUUAUAAUGUCAGGUGUGCAGCCUGAGCUUUUCCUCUUGGAAGUCCAACUUGAGGCUGAAUCCUGUUUCCCCCGAAGUUUCUGUCAUCGUUUGGAAACUCAAAUGACCAAAAUAACAAAAAUAUUUUGAUAUUAUGCUCAAAAUAUCCCACCAAGAAAUAGGACAGAUGGAUUAUUAGCUCCCACUGUUUCCCAAUUUGUAAACAAAUGUGACCUAAUAUGGUCGUUUUUAUCGAGGGGAUUUAAAUUUCACACUUAAGUAACCGAGAAUAAAACUCUUUAGCUGCUGAAAAAGAAACUUACUUUAACUUUAGUAGAUUCAAAUUCAAGUUUAGAUUUGUGAAAACUUUACUUUAUGCAGCGUAUUUCCUCAAACAAAUCUGACUUUAGGUAUUCUAGUUGUCAAACGUGCUUGAAGUUUUUCAUAAUUAGACUUACUGCAACUUUACUCAUGUCAAAACUUUAUAUAUAAUUUUUUUUAGUCAAUAUACUUUAAACUAGACACUGUUAGCUUCCUAAAAUAAUGACCUACAUCUUUGUUUGUCUAACACACUUGGUUUCUCUUUGUUUUGCCUAAAUCAAUUUUGGCAAAAAGUUGCUCCAUUAUAACACAAAAGUGACAAUAUUACAGUAAUUUAUUCUUGACAUCAUCUUUUAAACAGUUAUGUUUUCCUUUAACUAAAGAAAACGACAUCGUUAUGCAUCAAAGCAAACAAUAUAAAUAUUAUUGUGUUCAGUUGAGUUACUUCUUUUUUGCGGUAUCCCAGUAAAGGGGUUGACAAUAAAAGCAUGCCACACUUUUCAGAUUUUUCGAAGUAAAAAAGUAAGAUUUAGAAAAGUUUUCUGUGCGUUUGUUUUGAUAACCCAUAAAAUGUAGAUUUCAUGAUGUUGUUCACUUACGUCUUAAAUCAAACCUUGACAGAAUUUAUGCCGUGAACAAUGUAGCUAAUUUGGACUUUAUUUAGGAGUGUCAUAAUAAAGGGGCUGAAUACAAAUG